AUGACGACCUAUCUGAGUACCCCGCUGUUUGGCGGGGCUCUGGUUUGCGACUUGCCCGAGAAGUUCGCGGAUGUCAGCAAACUGCGUCAAGUUCCCGACAACCAGGAAGUCUACAUCGACAAAGAGGGCUUUACCAGCAUCAUCUUUGACAUCACUGAGCGUGUUGGCCCAGCCGGCAGUACGCCAGAGAUUGAUGGCAGGGCCAUGACCACACACCUCGAGGAGCUUGUCGGGACUGAUGUCGAUACCGUCAAGGUCUGGAACACCACCGAGACUCAAUUCUCGCGCCUAGAUUACGAUAUACCUGCGUACACUCUGAUCGCAACCCAGACACCACCUGUAGACCCGUCCCAGUCCAAGUCUGCCGCGCCCGACUUCACAGCCAUCAUCCUCACCCUACUGCGCUUGGAGAAGGAAUUAACUGACAUCCUCAUCACCAUUAAUGUACCUCACAUCAAGGGCGAAUAUGACGAGGAAGAAAUCGAUCUAGAGCUUGGCAAGCAGGGCCAGCUGAUCGGGGACGCGGUAGAAUACGCUGCGAGGAUCUGGGAUACAUUUCAGGUGAAGGACUGGAAUCUUUUCAACGAAGUCUGA